AUGGGUGGUCUUGUUGUCUCUGCCUUCGUGCUGUCUUCUGGGGUUCUUUUCUUGUCCUGCAUCUUCCCAGUGAAUGGACUGUCUAAGGUCAGGGGUGUUAACUUGGGAGGAUGGUUGGUCAUUGAAGGGUGGAUUAAGCCAUCACUUUUUGACGGGAUUCCAAAUGGGGAUAUGCUUGAUGGGACACAGGUGCAGAUCUGCUCAGUGGUAUUGAAUAAGUAUGUUAGUGCGGCUAAUGGUGGUGGCUCAAAUGUGACAGUGGACCGUGAUGUGGCCUCAACGUGGGAGACAUUCAGGCUUUGGAGGGUGUCAGAUAAUGAAUUUCAGCUUCGAUGCCUUGGAGGUCAAUUUUUGACAUCGAACAGUGAAGAUGGUUUGAUCUUGGCAACUGCAAAGCAUCCAUUGUCCACCGAGACUUUCUUCAUUGAAAGGAAUGCUGGAAGGGUUCAUAUCAGACUUUUGAAUGGAGGCUAUGUGCAAGCGACAAACAAUCAUCUGCUUAUUUCCACUUAUCAAUUCCAACCAGGAUGGGAUAAGAAUUUAGCGACGUUUGAAUUGGUGAUUGUUGCCAAUAACUUGCAUGGGGACUACCAGCUUGCCAAUGGUUAUGGUUAUGACAAGGCGAAGAUGGUUUUAGAAGAGCACAGAAGAAGUUUCAUUACAGCAAACGACUUUGAUUUCCUAUCUUGGAACGGAAUUAAUACUGUGAGAAUUCCUGUUGGAUGGUGGAUAACACAAGAUCCUUAUCCACCUUCUCCAUUUGUUGGAGGGUCUUUGGCAGCCCUGGACCUAGCAUUUUCAUGGGCACAAUCUUAUAGUUUGAAAUGUAUAAUCGAUCUUCAUGCUGCUCCUGGUUCUCAAAAUGGAAUGGAACAUAGUGCGAGCAGGGAUGGUUCCGUGGACUGGCCCUCGCCUGAAUAUAUCUCACAAACAUUGGAGGUUAUUGACUUCCUGGCGACAAGAAUUGGGAAUGCAGACCCAAUCGAACUCUUCCAAGCUGGUAUUGGUCUUUCAAAUGUUGUAGUUGAUUUACACUACUACAACUUGUUUGAUCCAUACUUUGCCACCAUGAAUUCCACUCAGAAUAUUGAAUUUAUUUACAAGAUGAGAGCACCGCAGUUACAAGACCUUAAGGCAAUGAAUGGGCCUCUUGUCUUCAUUGGUGAAUGGGUUAAUGAAUGGGACGUGCAAAAUGCAUCUCAGUAUGAGUAUCAGAAGUUUGGCAGAGCUCAGUUCAGUUAG